AUGUCUUCGGGCGGGGCAUUGGCAGUUGGCUCUCAAAGAUCACCAAACCUACCCGUUUUUCCUCCAUCGCCGGAUUACUACAACUCAUCCAUCUCAUCAAACCUUUACACGACAGCACCACCCCCAGGAUUCAAUACAGUAGAUUUAACCAGCACCCAACAGCUGCAACAACUUCAGCAACUUCAGCAACAGCAGAUCCAGCAGCAGCAAAUGCAGCAGCAGCAACAACAACAGCAGCAGCAGCAGUCUGGAAUGCUUCACCCUAACUAUAAUUCAACCGCCAUGGGCAAUGACGGAGGUGCCAUGCUACCUGGUAGCUCGCACCGCCGCUCAUCAGGCCGUGACGAGUUCGACGGACCCCAUCAACUACUAGCCAAGCCUACCAACUCACACCUCGAGACCUCCGAAUCAGAAUUGAUUCAGCUGCCUGUGUCUCUGUAUGCCGAAGAGCAGGACUCUAUACUGACGCGCGUCAACGACCGCCUCUCUCAAUGCGCCUACGACUUUGUAGCCAAAUACCAGUUCCCUAUUCCUCUGGAGCCCGACAAGAGACCUGUCCGCGUCCCUGCCGACCGCGAGUGGACUGAAUGGUGCUAUUUGCUCAAGCGCCUGGCGACCAAACGCCGCGUCCCUGCCCGCGUGCUCUACAAUGGACAAAUCAAGCAACUAGUAACUGUGCUGGAGAACUCGCUUGAGAUGAGACACGCAGCAAAGCAUCAAAGCAGACCUCUCAAGGAUGAUCGCAACGUGCUGCAGCUCAUCUCUGCAGGUCUGCAGGUCUCAAAGAUGCUCAAGGAUCCCGAUGCCAUGAGGUACCUUGACGAGCUGUACGUUGCUGCCGAGCGCCUGAUUGAGAGCAGACGUGGCAACCCAUCUUCUUGA